AUUUCUAUUUAUUAUCUGCGAAAUGCACUGAUUUCCGUAGAUUUCCGUGUUUCUUGAAAUCAUAAAAUUGUUUCAUUUUAUUUAGUUUUUUAAAAGUGAUAUUCAUAUUUCCUCCGAAGAAAUGCGAUGUUAAUUGGUUCAAAUAUGUUUUAGAAUUCGAAAGUAAAACAUCAAUUAUUUACUAAAAAAGUAUAGGAAAGAGGAUGGAGAAUAAUUUAAGUCGGAGUGGUAGUCGCUCGAGCUCAGUAUGUGAACUCGAAAAGGACCUCAGUGAUAUGGAAAUUAUGAAAACUAGGACGAACCGAAGGAAUGUAAUUCUUCGAACACCACUAGCACGAAAAGCGAAAAGAAUAAGAUUUUUUCGAAAUGGUGACAAAUUUUAUUCCGGAGUUAUAAUUCCAGUCUUGCCAGAAAGAUACAGAUCAUUUGAUAGUUUAACUGCAGAUUUGACUAGAGUUUUAGUUGACAAUGUGACACUGCCUAGUGGAGUCCGAACAAUAUAUUCACUUGAAGGUAGAAAAAUAGGAAAACUAGAUGAUUUAGAAGAUGGGCAAUCAUAUGUUUGUAGUGGGUUUGGUGAACCAUUCAAGCGAUUGGACUAUGAAGCUAGUGCUGUGACUCCACAAUCUUUUAGAUUAAGUGGACCAGAGUCUCUGAGUGAUAGUGCAAGUCCAUCUCCAGCCAGGGCAAAUAACAGACUGUCCCGAUAUUUACAGACAAAUGGUAGCAGUACAACUGGCAAUGGAUCACCUAGAGUAAGCCCAGCAGGUGAUAAUGUAGUCCGGCCACGCAUAGUUACAAUUAUUAGGAAUGGGGUCAAACCCCGCAAGGUAUGCAGAUUGCUAUUGAAUAAACGCAAUAGUCCAACUCUGGAACAUGCCUUAGCUGCAAUCACUGAGUGCAUUAAACUUGACACGGGCUGUGUACGCAAAGUGUUUACACAGUCUGGCUCCCCUGUCACUGCGUUAAAUCAGUUCUUUGAAGAAGAAGAUGUGUUCUUUGCUUAUGGAAAUGAGAGGGUUAACCAAGAAGAUUUUGAAUUGGAGUUUGAGGAAAGCAAAGCUGUCCUACAGUGUAGAAAAACACCCAUCACAAGAAAUUCAAGAUCGGGACCUAAACCUCGAAUGCCAGUUAAAGCUGGUGGGGCAGCUCGUAAAGAGAACGAAGCGAGCGGGGCGGCUGGUGACAACGAACAGUCGCCGCUGGCUAAUCUCUUACCACAGCCGCUGCGUCUCAAGUACAAUGUGGGCAAAAUUAUAGGUGACGGCAACUUCGCAGUUGUGAGAAUAUGUACAGACAAAACCUCAGGCAAAGACUAUGCUCUGAAAGUAAUUGAUAAAGCCAAGUGUAAAGGAAAAGAACACUAUGUUGAAGCUGAGGUAAGAGUAAUGAGAAAGCUCUGUCAUCCACGCAUUGUUUCACUCAUUGAAGAGCAGGACAGUCCUGAAUGGCUUUUCCUUGUAAUGGAAUUAGUCAGCGGAGGAGACUUAUUCGAUAGUAUCGCGGCCGCUUCUAAAUUUUCCGAACCGCAAGCGCGUUUGCUAAUUGGUCACUUAACAUCUGCUAUCGCAUAUCUACACUCGCUUUCCAUUGUGCAUCGAGACAUCAAACCCGAAAACCUUCUGGUGGAAGUAGGAUCAGAUGGCAGCAUACGCGGGCUAAAGCUGGCUGACUUUGGCUUGGCAGUCGAAGUGUGGAGACCUCUACAUGCGGUCUGCGGCACUCCUACUUAUGUCGCACCUGAGAUCUUACUUGAGACUGGAUAUGGUCUUAAAAUCGACGUAUGGGCGGCGGGCGUGAUCCUGUACAUCCUACUGUGCGGGUUCCCGCCCUUCUCGUCCCCGGACGGCGACCAGGAGAAGCUGUUCGACGCGAUCCUGUCGGCGCGGCUCGAGUUCCCGGCGCCGCACUGGGAGCGCGUGUCGGCGGGCGCUAUAGACCUCGUCGCGAACAUGCUGCGUCCCCAGCCCGAGCUGCGCUUUGCCGCUGAGGACGUGCUCGACCAUGCGUGGAUGUCGGAUGACUAUGAUGAAAUGUGUGACUUCCGCUCUUGGUACGACGAGGAUUCCUCAUAGCUACAGGACGUCCACGCUAAUGUGAAUGCGGCUAUGUGACGGCUUAAAUCAAAUACACGCGAUUUUUGCUAAGGUUUAGUGCCGCGCUCUUAUUUCUGCAUGCCUUGUCAUAUAUUAUAAACACCAAUAAUACCAAAGUUAUUCCGUAAUAUACUGAAAAAUGGACAACGAUGCUGCUUGCAUGUGUUCAAUUUUUAAUAAAAGCGUUUCGAUCAAUUUUUAAUGCGGCAGCGUCGUCAUGGUCAAUUCGAUUUUUAUAUUCAGUGUUUCUCCAAUUGAUACAAUUGUUAAGUGAUCAUCAAAUGAACUUCUUUUUUUAUUUAUUUUCUUAAUGUAAUAUCUUUCCAUAGUUAGUAUUUAUGUGGCUGUAAAACCAGUUUCUUUAGUAUUAUUUAGCUUUAUAUUUAUGAAUCAGAUGAUAGCUACUGCAUUUAAGUGAUCUUUUAUUGAAUAUUCAUAUUAGAUUUGUUUCUAUGUUUGUUUUUGAAAUUUA